AUUCUAGUUUAUAUCCCGCGGUAUACGACGUACAAUUUAGAAAACCAAUCAAUUGGCAGACGUAUCGUUGUAUUUGAUACUGUAUUAUUAAAUGCAGUGUGUUUCUGAUCUACAGGCUUACAGUUACUUGACAUACUGCCCAAAUUGAGAGAUGAGGAGGAUGAGGACUUGACAGUUCAGUGUGAGACGUUUGAAGAGGCCAUGGCGGAGGAUGAGGACGAACUUUUGAGGCUCUACGGGGGAAUAGACAUGAGCAGUCACCAGGCUGUGUUUUCCACUCUCUUCAACAAGGUGUGCCGCUCUCCGUCGUCACAUCAGCUGCUGUCCAUCCUACAAGCUCUACUGCUACUUGGGCCAGACAGGGUUGACAUCUGGCAGGCCCUGGAGGCCCUUGCUAACCGGGCCAUACUGCUGGAUCAGGACUCUCAUGUGGAGUCCUGUGAGACGAUUAUGCGACGCCUGGUGUUCUCCAAGCGUAGGGUAGCUGGUGUGGAUGUUGUAGACAGUCCGCCUCCCCAGAAGAUGGAUAAGGCUGUGCAGACCGAUUUCGUGGACCACGACCCAGAAAGAUCGUGUGAUGGGACCAGUGUGAUGGGACCAGGUCACCUUAAGUGCCCACCUCCCCCUCCUCCACCCCCCGCACCGCCACUACCGCACAUAGGAGGUGUUGUACCCCCACCACCACCACCACCACCACCACCUCCUCUACCAGGGAUCGGAGUGGACCCAGGGGUCCCCCCACCACCUCCACCCCUGCCACCAGGAAUAGGCAGUGGAGGACCUCUGCCACCCCCACCCCCACCCCCACCUGGCAUGCCAGGCCUGCCUCCGCCACCUCCUCCUCCUGGCAUUGGUGGCAUGGUGGUGGCCCAGCACAGCCAGUCCCUGGGGUGUGUCUCUGCUGCCUCUACCAAGACAGGCCGCUGCCCCACCCUCAGGAUGAAGAAGCUCAACUGGCAGAAGCUUGGAACUGUCACUGAUGGUCACUCCAUGUGGACCUCAGUUCAGAAAGACGCUCCUCUGGAGCCCAACUACUCCAGCAUCGAACAGCUGUUCUGUCUCCCGGUGACCGAACACAAAGACAAGGUGGCAGCUGCUCCUGUCAAGAAGGAACCUAAAGAGAUCUCCUUCAUUGAUGCUAAGAAGAACUUGAAUUUGAACAUAUUUCUCAAGCAAUUCAAAUGCUCACAUGAUGAGUUUGUGGCCUUAAUUCUGAGUGGGGAUCGCUCUAGGUUUGAUGUAGAGGUCUUGAAGCAGCUCAUUAAACUCUUACCUGAGAAACAUGAGAUAGAGAACCUGAAAUCCUUCAAAGGAGAAAAAGAAAAGUUGGCCAAUGUAGACCGAUUCUACCUCUCCCUACUGGCAGUGCCAUGUUACCAGCUGAGGAUAGACUGUAUGCUGCUGUGUGAGGAGACCGCCUGCAUUUUGGACAUGAUCAAGCCCAAAGCGGAGGUGGUUGAAGCAGCCUGCCUGUGUCUCAGAGUGAGCACUCUCCUGCCUGGGUUCUGCAGGCUCAUACUUAACGUGGGGAACUUCCUCAACUAUGGAAGUCACACGGGGAACGCGGAGGGCUUUAAGAUCAGCUCCUUGCUAAAGCUGACGGAGACCAAGGCCAACAAGAGCCGCAUUACACUGCUCCAUCACAUUCUGGAGGAGGCGGAAGUGAACCACCCAGAGAUUUUGGACCUCCCUGAUGACAUUGAAAUUUGUGAAAAAGCAGCAGGAGUCAACCUUGACUCCAUUCAGGCAGAAGCAAGCGCAAUAGUUAAACGACUAAAAGAAGCAGCAAAGAAAGUGUCCAAUUCUGUGGAUGAUGUGAAGCAACAGUUCACAAAGGCCAUUGAGGAAAACCUGGUGACAUGCUUGGAUUUGGAGGAGCGUUUUUCAGAGAUUGUAAGGAAGAAGGCUGAACUGGCCCUCUACCUGUGUGAGGAUGCAAACCAACUCUCCCUGGAAGAACUCUUUAACACUAUCAAGACCUUCCGAGGGCUUUUCAUCAAAGCCUUAAAGGAAAACAAGACCCGAAAAGAGCAGGCAGUGAAGGCUGAAAAAAGGAAAAAGCAGCUUGAAGAAGAGGAAUCCAAAAGACAAAAGGGGGAGAAUGGAAAAAUAAUCCGGAGAGGUCCCCCUCCUCAGGACGAUGGCUGCAUUAUUGACCACCUUCUUGCUGAUAUCCGUAAAGGCUUCCACCUCAGGAAGACACGGCCCAGGUGCGAAACGGAAAGCCCUACCUCUAGUGAAAUGAAUAUGGGCCAUCCUGGAUCAUGUGUCGUGCCUGUAAAAGAUGUCGAAUCCACUGUAUCAGAAGCCUCCAGCACUCCCAGUCACACCCAACCGCAGGAAGAGAAGAGGGCUCCAAAAGGAGGAGUGAACAGAUGUCACAGCAAACCCCAAGAAAAACCCAGAGAAAAAACUGCUUUGUCACAGGCCUAUAACCUGACCCCACCAGAACUCCAGGAAAACGGGGAGCCUCUGCUAUGCCUCCCCACAGACAACUCGCCAACACUGGGAAUACUUUCAGAUCUGGCUGACAUCAACCGGAAUGGCAACACCGACCUAGUAACAAUGGAUUUGACUCCUGAGUGCCCACGGAGCAAUGGAGAGGACAAUGUUAACAGAGCUUGCACACCGGCUGUCUCUCCAAUGGACAUGAUUACAGAGAGUAAUGGCAAUAGCAACUCAAUAGAAAAAACCAUGGGCCAAUGUGAAGGCAAGGGAAGCUGUGUAAUGAUGGGGAAUAUUGGACAGGAUAAGUCUGGGGAUGAAUUGAAGAUUGUGGCACAGGAUGAGGGUGUAACUAACGGCCAAGGAGACACCAACGGCCAAAGAGACACCAACGGCCAAAGAGAGACCAACGGCCAAAGAGAGACCAACGGCCAAAGAGACACCAACGGCCAAUCAGACACCAACGGCAACAAGCUGUCGGUCAGUGCAGUGCACAGUGUGCUGGCAUAUGAUGUUCCUGACGGUGUGGACUCUGGAAAUCAGCUGUCAUCACCGGUCUCAGAAGCUCCACCGGCCUCUAAAUUGUCAGCCCUUACAUCAGAGGAUAAAAAAAAGCAGAAGCUAUUUAAAAGAAGCAAAAACAGUAAUGAAGGUAACACUGGAAAGGGAUACCCUAAACAUAAAAAGGGGUGUGUUUUGCAGUGAGGUGAUUCCCGGAAAAGGAAGACAAGAAGGAAAAGGAAAUGUUGAGGGGAUUCAUUCAUGGUUUAUGUACAGUCUAAUGGACAUUGAAAUAGACUAUGCAUACAUUAUAUUGGACAGAAUUGAUUUCUCCAAGAUAUUUGCAUGGUGUUUUACCCUUUUUUGAUUUCUUAAAAUGUGAAGAGAAUAAGAGAGACUGAAAGGCUCAAUCCUUUCCUAAAUUAAUGUUAUAUAUUUAAGGUGCAAUAAAAUAGCCUAUUUUUACAUUGGAUUAGCACAUUUGUUAUAUCUAUAGAUGCUUUAUUUCCUUUUAUUGUUUUUAAGAAUGUCUCUAUUUAUUCUUAAAGCUAUGAAUAACUCGCAAUUAAUUGUUCUGGUUAUCUGCUGUAACUUGUAUUCCAGUCUUUUCUGAAUAAUAUCAAAAUGUUUUGAACUUUUUGACUCUACAAUAGAAACAAAGUGUGCUUCUUCCUAUUGAUAACUGCGACACUUUUUAGAACAAUUUUACAUUGCGAAUUUGAUGUCUUUCGUAGUUUGCUAAAAAACUAAAACUGUAAAAGCAGUUACAAUAUGAUCAAGUUUUGAGUUAAUUAAAAACAUGUUUUCACA